AAUACAGGUCUCUGAGCAAGCUGGAGACCAGACAACUGCUUUCGCUACUCGACUUGCACAGACCGAAGAGUUCGCAGUCUACAAUCAGUAUGGCUCCUGUCAAAGUGUAUAACACAGCCCUGACAACGAAAGAAAAAAUUAAAAUGAGAAAACCUGUUGUGGAGAAGAUGCGCAGAGACCGUAUCAACAACAGCAUCGAGCAGCUGAAAGCGCUGCUUGAAAACGAGUUCAAAGCGAAUCAGUCCAGCUCCAAGCUCGAGAAAGCAGACGUUCUCGAAAUGGCCGUGUUUUAUUUGCGGGGCAGUGCGUAUCCAACUACCCAAUGCCACUCGCCUGCUCCCCGCCAGAGCUACACGGAGGGAUUCACCAAAUGCCUGGAGGAAACUCUGCACUUCCUGUCCAUGCACGAGCGAUCCAAAGACUCUCAACACAAACUGCUGAAACACUUUCACCGGGCGGAAUGGAAGGGUGACAGAGACCAGCGCAGCCCGGCGGUCGCAGAGCAUUGCCCUACCGCCGUCCGUGCUCCAAAACGCGCUGGAACAAGCGACAGAAAUCCGCUGUGGAGGCCGUGGUGAACGCGUCUUCGUCACAAUUUAAGACUAUGUCCAUGUAAAAUUCCAGAGGACGCAUUGGCUUCUUGUGCAGCCAUAGUUAAAUCGUUCUCUAAUGAGUAGGAAAUGUUUAUUCCCAUUUUUAAAUCUAACACUUGUAGACAAAAGUUGUCGUAAAUUCUAAUAUUCUGUAUAGAAUGGUUUAUUUUGUACACGUUUGCAUUUAACAAUGCUGUACUACUAACUUCACUGCUGUGAAGAGAUUUUUUUUCUUUACAUAUUGUAAAAAAUGUUGUCAUUGCCUAUCUCAGGGUUCUUCUGAGGGGGGAUUUUUACGCUUUGUAUUCAGAUCUAGAUCCCCAGCUUCUGGCUUGUGCUUCCUGUGUGAUCGUGCAUUUAUCAUAUUGAUAGUAUUUUUGCACUUAUUUCUAUCAUGCAAUCUUGUGUGAAGAAAAAUAAAUCAUUUAAAACAAAU